AUGUGGAACUCGAUUAAUGGCAUCUUGAAACGUGAUAAAAAGUCCUCCUCUCCAAGAUCAAUAAAAGAGGAUGGUGUCGAGAUCAAGGACUCACAUGGGAUAGCUGAAUCUUUCUGUAGGUAUUUUGCUAAUAUUACAUCUGAAUUUAUGGUUAAAACACCUAUACCUAAAACAAGCUUUCAUAAACUAAAGAAAUUUAUCGAGUCCAAAUGUUUAAGUGACACUAAGUUCAGUAUUGCAAUGGUUGACGUAGACUUUGUGAAGAGCCAACUGCUUAAAUUUGAGACGAAUGCAGCUGUCGGUCUUGAUUAUCUGGGAGCCAAAAUUCUUGGUUGUGCUGCUCCAGUUAUCCAGGUGAUCUCGUGUUCGUAUUUUAACCAAUCAGCGCUCAGAAAGGGUUGUCCGAAUAGAAAUCCAUUUUGAUGUAUUCAGUCAAUUAUAUCUUUCGUUAUUCUUCAUGAAACUAGUCGAAAUUUUGUAAUUAUGUUUGGUUGUGAGAACUAUAGCUCUGACAAAAAUAUGGAGUCGAAAUAAAGUAUAUUACAAGAGAUAUUCAGUUGUUUUAAUCAUAAAAUGGAUUUCUAUUUGACAACUAGUGCCAGUACUUUUCCGCGUAUCAACAUCAUCUGGAUAGUACCCCAUAUUCAAGAAUAAUUAACUAAAGUAUUUCAAUGUCUUCAGUGCCAUUACGUUGGAAAUGUGCCAGGGUCACGCCCAUAUUUAAAGGUGGAGAUCUUACGGACAGAUCCUAUUAUCGUCCCAUCUCAGUUCUACCUCUUUUAUCAAAAGUCCUUGAAAGACAUGUCAGUGAGAAAUUAUAUUCUUAUUUAACAGUUAACCAGCUAAUCUCCAACAAUCAAUCAGGAUUCCGCAAAAACCACUCAUGCCAAUCACUAUUAAUAAAGCUAACUGACUUCCUGCUUCGCAACAUGUGUAGAAAUUAAACGGUUUUGACAUUUUCAUAGCUUUAUAAUUUGUGUUAAUUAAUUUAUUGUUUAUUUUAUGUUUAAGACUUCAUGUAAGUUUGUAUAUAGUAACGUAUUAGACAAAACAUUCAGUCGAGCGUGUCAGCGUGGUUUUUGGGUUUAUUUCGUCGGGAAAAAGCAGUCUAUAGAUUAGAGAUAUUCGAAAUAAGCAAACCCGUGUUUACAUUUGGUCCUAACGAGCCGGAUUUAAGUUAUUUUAGAGUGUUUUUGGACGAAUUUAGAGCGAAAAUUCGUAGUUUCAUUUUCGCUUCGUACACCGGAAGUGUACAAAAUCGGGAUAUAAUAUCGUGUUAUAACUAAGAGAAAAUUUAGUUUAAACUAAAUUUUCUCUUAGUUAUACAUGGCGGCCAUGCUAUCGGACUCGAAUACUGAACAAAAAGACGUUAAAGAAUUGUUAUUAAGAAUUGACGAACAGAAAGACGAAACAUUGCAUAUUAUGAAUCAACUCGAGGAUAUUUAUCAGCGAAGCAAAGAAUAUGAAAAUGCUAAAAAAGUAAAUGACGAAGCGGAUGCACUGGUCGAUCAAGUGGAAUAUGAAACAAGUUCAGCGCGUAUGUUUUUAACAUCGUUGGCAAAGAAACAGUGGAGUUCAAGCGCAGUGACGGUAACAAGCAGCAAAGAGUCGAACGUAGGCGAGACUUCGAAACAGAGGUAA